CAGUUCGAGGUAGGAUUUGGGCGAGUACGGGGUCGCAGUCGUGUUUUGUACUGUACCUAACCAGAGCAGAAGUAAGUUUAGCAAGCGAUCAGUUUAGUACAGUGAACGCGCUUUAGAAGUGAAGUUGAUGUGACCUGCACAGACACUAGUCAAAGCAACGCUUCAGUCAUGACGGAGAAAUCGAACGGUUCUCAUCACCCCAAUCUGAUAACUUCCAUCACCAAUAAGUAUCCGUCGUAUCGUGAUGACCUUCUGUUGAAAACACCCCACUUCUGGUUGGAAGGUAGAAGAGAAGAUGAUGGCGCGGAAGGGCUUUGGCGAAUUCACGAUACGUUAUAUGAUUUGACCGAUUUUGCCGCACGACAUCCAGGUGGGCCAAGUUGGAUUCAACUGACAAAGGGAACCGAUAUUACGGAAUUAUUCGAAACACAUCACCUCACAACAAAAGCGGAAAAUCUACUUCCUAAGUUUAAAGUUCGUGAGGCAACAGAACCACGAAAUAUACGGUUGACCUUUAAAGAUGACGGUUUCUAUCGGACCUUAAAACGACGAGUACGUGAAAAACUUUCAGAGCUUGACUAUUCACCAGUUAAGACGUCCAACUUGAUCAUCGAUUCUCUGGUAGCAUCGGCACUACUGUUUGCUUUCUUGGCGGUGAAAUUCAACAGCUAUCUUAUGGCAGCUGCAUGUGGACUUUGUAUCAAUUGGACUGUAAUUUCCGCCCACAAUUAUUUUCAUAAAAAAGACAAUUGGAGGAUGCGACUGUUCAAUUUGGCUUUCUUCAGCUAUAGAGAAUGGCGAGUAUCGCAUGCAAUGUCUCACCAUCAUUAUGCAAAUUCGGUUCUUGAUCUGGAGGUAUCUUAUUUCGAGCCGGCCCUUUGCUGGCUACCAAAUCCGGACAAAGGCUUGGUUCAGCGAUUUGGAGCUUGGUUCUAUGGACCGAUACUAUACUCUAUUAUGAUGCUGAUGGAGUACCUGAAAAGAUUUGUAGAAAGUUACAAACUAGGCAGGAACACUUUCUUCGCAGAUGAUCUAAUUGCAUUCAUUCUACCCACCUUUAUGUAUCUCGUUGAUUCGAGUAGCAUAAUGACUGUGUUGAAAUUGUGGAUCGUCAUUUUAUUGGUAACUAGCUUUUUGUUCGGAUUGACAGGACUGAACGCGGCUCACCAUCAUCCGGACAUCUUCCACAGUGGUGAUAAAAUACCGGAUGAGAUUGACUUCGGAGUUUACCAAAUCGCAACUGUUAUCGACCGGGCGGAUGUUAAAGGGUCACAAUUUGCGGUACUGACCAGUUUCGGGGAUCACUGUUUGCAUCACAUGUUUCCCACGCUCGACCACGGAGUACUACCUCAACUGUAUCCGAUUUUCUUCAAAACCUGCGACGAGUUCGAAUAUGUGUAUCGUGAAUGCAACUGGCUUCAUCACAUAAUUUCUCAAAACCGGCAACUGGCACGGAUUGAGUCACGUACUUAUGACCCCCGGGCUAAGUUAGAAUAAGCAUUGGGAUAUUCUUGACGAGAAUAGUCCAUCUUGCGUAAGAAGGAGGGAGCACUGACUAAAUCAGUUGCUAACAUGGUUUUCAGUGACAUCACAUAAGGCUGUAAACAAUUUUUAAUUUAAAAUUGAACAAUCAAAACCAGUGCUUGACAUUAAGCAGUGUAGUCGCAUGCCAUAUUUAAAAAAAAGAGGAAAUACAUUGGUUACAAGUAUAUAUAAGUAGUAAUGGGGUAUUGUAUUUACAAUGCGUACUAGUAGCUCUGAAUGGGUUGACAUCAUAAAAUGGGAUUUAGUAGUGAUGGGUAUUUAUACGCUGAAUCUACAUAAAUUAUGUGAUAUUAUGAUAUUUAACUACGUGGAAGGCACGUGAAAUUUUUAUUGAAUAAAAUUCAUCUUUUAUAAAAUUGACAA